UCAUCAGUCAGGUGCCCAACCCUUCGUGUGCUGAAGUUCAGACCUUUCCUGGUGCUCAGGUCUCCUGCACUGAGCUGUGUGAGCUCUUCUACCCAGCAGAGCCCCUGGCAUUGACCAGCAUAGAUGAUGAGACUGGAGGAAAACUUUCAUUGGCCCCUUUGGCCAUGGGCAACUGGUCAUCAGUGAGGUGCCCAGCCCUUGGUGUGCUGAUGCUCAGGCCCUACCUGGCACCCUGGUCUCCUGCACUGAGCUGUGCUGAGCACUUCUGCCCAGGCAGGCUCCUGGCCUUGAGCGGCAUAGAUGGUGACCCUGGAGGAAGACUUGCAUCUGGCCCACUGGCGAUGGGCCUGUGUCCCUUAGCCAGGUGCUCAGGCCCUGGUGAGCUGAAGCUCAGGCCCUUCCUGGCACCCUGGUCUCCUGCACUGAGCUGUGUGAGCUCUUCUGCUCAGGUGGGUCCCCUGGCAUUGACUGGCAUAGUGAGCUCUUCUGUGCAGGUGGGCCCUUUGGCAUUGACCAGCAUAGAUGGUGAACCCAGAGGAAGACUUGCGUUGGGCCCAAUGUCUCUGGGCCUGUGUCCGUCAGCCAUGUGCCCAGCCCCUGGUGCACUGAAGCUCAGGUCCUUCUUGGCGCCCUGGUGUCCUGCACUGAGCUGUGUGAGCUCUCCUGCCAAGGUGGGCCCCAUGGCAUUGACUGGCAUAGUGAGCUCUUCAGCUCAGAAGGGCCCCUUGGCCUUGACCCGCAUAGAUGGUGAGCCUGGAGGAAGACGUGUAUUGGGCCUGCAGGCCCCAGGCAUGUGUCUGUCAGCCAGCUUCUCAGCUCCCAGUGUGCUGAAGCUCGGGCCCUUCCCGGAGCUCUUGGUUCCUGCACUGAGCUGUGUGAGCUCUUCUGCCCAGGUGGGCCUCCCAGCAUUGACUGGCGUAGGUGGUGAGCCUGGAGGAAGACUUGUGUUGGGCCUGCAGGCCCAGGGCCAGUGUCCGUCAGCCUGGUGCUCAUCCCUUGGUGUGUUGAAGCUCGGACCCUCUCUGGAACCCUGGUCUCCUGCACUGAGCUGUGUGAGCUCUUCCACUUGGGCGGGCCCCCUGGUAUUGACCUGCACAGGUGAGUGGAUUCUGCUGAUGUCCCGAGCCAUGAGCCAGGCCAUAUGGGGUCACCAGGGGUCAGCCUAUGGGAUACGAGGGUUUCCUGAGGGAGCCAACCCGCAUUUCCACGAGAGAGGCAUGAGUUUUCCAGAAGAGCAACUUUUGCUGUAA